UUGCACACGCAUCGAUCGAAAGCAAAGCUUAGCUAGCUCUCUUCACAAACUGCAAACAAUGGCGUCUCCGGCCGCCUCUUCGUCGGUGCUCGCCGUCGUCCUCGUGGCGACCCUGGCGGCCGGGGCCAACGCGGCCACCUUCACCAUCACCAACCGGUGCUCGUUCACGGUGUGGCCGGCGGCGACGCCGGUGGGCGGCGGCGUGCAGCUGAACCCGGGGCAGACGUGGACCGUCAACGUGCCCGCCGGCACCAGCUCCGGCAGGGUGUGGGGCCGCACGGGGUGCAGCUUCGACGGCGCCGGCAGGGGAAGCUGCGCGACCGGCGACUGCGGCGGCGCGCUGUCGUGCAGCCUGUCCGGGAGGCCGCCGAUGACGCUGGCGGAGUUCACGCUGGGCGGCGGCGGCAGGCAGGACUUCUACAACCUGUCGGUGAUCGACGGGUUCAACGUGGGGAUGAGCUUCUCCUGCAGCUCCGGCGUGGGCGUCACCUGCAGGGAGAGGAGCUGCGGCGACGCCUUCCAGUUCCCCAGCGACAACUCCAAGGUCCACGCCUGCAACGGCAACAGCAACUACCAAGUCGUCUUCUGCCCUUAGUACUGAUGACCUCAUGCAGCUUGCUAGCUACUGCAUGCGUGCACGUAUUAUCUAGCUAGCUGCUGACUAGGGAA